UUAUCCGGAGGAAGAGGAAGACGAUGGGAGGCGAGGUGCGAGGAUGCGGCGUUCAGCACUUUCUCUCCUGCUCGGGACUUGACUGCAAGACAGGACACGACGAGGGAGCAAGAGUAAUUGGAGCCCGUGAGGGUGGUGCCGAGGGAGCCCGAGCUCCAAAACCUGCCGUGACAAUUCAAAUCGGCCCAGUUGAACGGUUCCGGCUGUGAGCGAGAGCCGCCGCCAAGCCGCCGUGCGACAGAUGGACGAUCGACUAAAAUUAGGAACCUUUUUACCGGGUGCCACUUUUAGCUCUUGGAAGGAACGGUCCGGUUAGCCUGGGCUGGCAUUUACAGAGAGGACGCUGACCGUGGCGGCGGCGGCGGCGGAGGAUGCGACUGGAGCGUGGUUACGCAAGCGGGGAAGGGAGCAGCCCACCCCGAGGCUACUGAAGGAUCUCCCGUCCGGCGUGCAAAGAAAGACUUGUCAAGAUAUGCUUCAUGAUCACGCCAGCGUCCACCGUUUGAGAGCCUCCCUGCCAUGAUUUUCUUACAGCAGCAGCAGGUUACUUCGAGUUAGCAUCGACGCAGGAUGCCUCUCUCCAAAGCAGACCCCAAACUGCCAUACAGCGGCCUUCCCAAUCCCACCACGCACUUCCAGCAUUCCGCAAGGCGACUUCCUUCCUGCUCCUCCGGAUCCUCCGAGCUGCUGCUGAAAGGUUCAUCUGUGAAGAACCUUCAGCAGCGAAGUUCCAGAGCGUAUUCGCAACGGAGCUCGGCAGCUGCGACACAGCGGAGUGACGGAACGUGCUCGGCGUACAGCAGCCCUCGUAUUCCAAAAAGGGAAGCCCCUCACUCAAAAGACACACUAGACCUGAGAGACCUCCAGCUUAGAAGGAACACCAACAAGAACUGGACCUUUGGGAAAUAUCGCCAGAGCAACGUGGACAACGCCCACGGUGCUGACAAAGCCGCAUUAUCCCGGCAACAAUACGCCAAAGGAGACAACAGGAAUGUGGAGUCUUUGGAGGGAAUGGGGAGCUUCCAAGGAGAGGUGAGGAGCAAUUCUGAGCGGAAGAGGAAUGCUUCCAGAACAAAGCUUCCGGGAAGGGUGAACAUGGCGGCUGUCGCCCCCUUCAGGUACAGGUGUCAGGCUCAGGAGGAGCCAAAGGCCACGUUGGAGGACCUGAGCGACUGCUCCUCAGACUCCAUGGAGGUCUGCUGCGACGAUCUUGGAGGCAUGCUUGGGAAUAGUGUGAAAGGCAGGGAAGGAGAUUUCAAGAUGGAUAGCUCCAAAGCAUACAGCCAAGCAGAUGGCAAAGGACUUGGCUUUGGGGCCAAGAGGGCCAAAUCUGGGGCACCUCAGAGUACCCAACGGGGUGAACUCAAGGUUUACCGGGCGGGUAGCUCCGAGGGCAGGCUGCCGGUGGCCUCCGGCCUUCGCAAGCAGAGGUCCAUGACCAACCUGGCCGUGCUCACCGACGCCGAGAAGAAGUUGCACCUUUACGAGCCCAAGUGGAGCGAUGACAUGGCCAAGACCGGUGCGGGCGCCCCGAGGAAGACAGGCAAGCCGGCAGGCAAGGCGGCAGGUCGUGGUGCACCACUUUCUCGCAACCUCUCCAAGUCAGAACACUCUCUUUUCCAAGGCAAACCCAAGCCCUUCGCCCCUUUGGCAGCUCCCUCAGCUCCCGGCAAGCAAAGCCGGAUCCCUCGCGCUCCGUAUGCAGAGGUGAAGCCCCUCAGCAAAGCCCCCGAAGACGGAAGGUCGGAUGACGAGAUCCUUUCCAGCAAGGCCAAAACUGCUACCAAGAAGCCGGGAGGUGGAGGGGAUUCUGGCUCCAAGGGCCAGGGGGAAGAAGGUGGGGACAAACCCUUCCUGAAGGUGGACCCCGAGCUUGUGGUGACAGUGCUGGGCGACCUGGAGCAGCUGCUCUUCAGCCAGAUGUUAGAUCCUGAGUCGCAGAGGAAACGUACGGUGCAGAACGUCCUCGACCUCCGGCAGAAUUUGGAGGACACCAUGUCGAGUCUGCGGGGCUCUCAGCUCAGCCACAGCUGUGCGGACAGCAGCAAUGUGGGCUACGACAGCGACGACACCAAUGCCCGCAGCAUGUCCAGCCUGUCCAACCGCUCCUCGCCGCUGUCGUGGCGUCACGGGCAAGCCAGCCCUCGCCUCCAGGCGGGCGACGCCCCGUCCUCGGCGGCGGGUGGGUACCAGGGGGCCAAGACCAUCUCGCCGUACGUUGCCCAAACCAUGCCGGCUCGCUGCUCGGGCAGGCUGAGCGGGACAUCGCGCGUGGAUCUUCUGGACGACGGAGACCUCAAGUCUGGUUACCUGAGCGACAGCGACCUUCUGGGGAAGAGCCUCCCGGAUGACGAAGACAACCUCACUAAUGGCUGGGAUGAAAGCAGCUCCAUCAGCAGCGGGCUCAGUGAUGCCGACGGCGAGGUUUCGGACAACCUCAGCUCCGAGGAGUUCAACGCCAGCUCGUCGCUCAACUCGCUCCCGAACACACCGCUGGGAUCCAGACGCAACUCGUCCGUCAUGCUCCGCACCGACGCUGAGAAGCGCUCCCUGGUGGAAAGUGGACUCUCCUGGUACAGCGAGGAUGGCAAGGCGGGCCACAAGGUGGACGCGUGCGGGUACGACACGGGCAGUCUCAAGACGGAAGCGCAGAGCAAGUGGAGGAAGAAGCCGCCCAGUCUGAGCGAUGAGCUGAGCGUCAAGGGCGAAACAAGGAAACCUCAGAGUUUGGGCGCACCAGGGAGCUUUAAGAAGAGUCGAAAUCCUCCGGUGGGGGUCACCUCCCCCAUCACCCAUACGUCGCAGAGCAUGCUGAGAGUGGCAGCGCCAAAAAACGACAAGCCACAGGAUAAAUCCAAGAUUUCCAUCAAGACGGCGGGUCUGCAACGGUCACGUUCUGACGCCGGCCGGGAUCAUCACAUGGAGCCCCGAAAGCCACCGUCGGGUUUAGUCAAACCCACGACCAGAGCCUCCUUUGGCUACAAGAGACCGCCUGCAGCCACUGGUACUGCCACAGUGCUGACAGCAGGGGGUGCCACCAUCUCCAGUGGCUCUGCUACUGUGGGGAAAACUCCCAAGUCCUCAGGCAUGUCAAUGAAGCCAGUAGGGUCAGGAGUGCCUUCUGGACGUAAGAACAGCUUUGAUGCCAGUGGCGAGCCGAGCUUCCUGGGGCCCAGUGCCCGGAACAGCAUCCAGUACCGCAGCCUGCCUCGACCCGCCAAGUCCAGCACGCUCAGCGUCAUCGGUCGUCCCGUGUCCCGACCCGUCAGUGGUACUAUAGACCCGAGUCUGCUGACCAUGAAGCCCGUCAGCAUGGCAAGCCCCAGAGUUAAAGAACCCACAAGUUUUAGCAGCAAAAUGUCUAAUUGGACCAUCAUUGUCCCGGUGAACCAGACCGACCGGGAGAAGGAGAAGGCCAGGGCCAAAGCCGUGUGCGCUGACAUGGACAUGGACUGUGCUUCCCUGAAAGGAGAUCAGGUUCCGUCCGAGUCCUCGCGAGAAUCCAUCGUGAAACUGCACGGCCUGAGACGAACCAGCAGCAGCAAAUAUCCCGAACUGUCGUCGCCCACCACACCGAGGAUGUUAGCCAAGUCUUUGGGACGUCCACCCAGCUUGGCUCACUUGGACAAGGUCAACUCCAACAGCCUGGACUCCUGUGUGACAAUUCAGGACCUCCCUCCCAAAGUCCCCCCUUACUCCAAGCUCCAGGACUUGGUUUCCUCCCACUCAGCAGCCCGCCUGACUCCCAGCCCGGCGCCCGUGCUGCACAUCGACUCGCCCGGCUCGUACACCGGCGACAGCCUCGGGGGGUCGCCCCUGCUGUAUCCCAAACUGUCAACCAUGCACCGCAGUAUGGAGUCGCUGCCCCUGCAGAUGAGCGUGCCCCCUCGAUCCAGGUUUAGCGCCAAUGAGUCACAGGAUAAGGAACGAGGCGCGGGGACGUGGGGUGCUGGGAGCAGGACGUCCCUCAACCUCUCAGAAGGGUUGCAGACAGAUAGGAACACCUUGCCAAAGAAAGGCUUAGAACGCUGCAGCUCAAGCCUGUCAGAGAGUGACGGCAUGAAACCGGGACGACGCCACUCGCAUAACGCGGCGUCCGAGCGCAACAGCCCGCCUCAGCUGCCGUCGCCCACCCGUCCGCUCCACCUCCUGUCCGCCACCAAAGCGCCUCUCACCAACGUGGUUGCCCCAAUUUCUUCUUUGGGCACCGCGAGGAUAUCGCGCUCCAACAGCAUCGGGCCUCCCGGUGACUGCGAGCUCUACGGCUCCUCCCCGCUUGGCAGCCCCAUGUCGCUGGCGGAGCGGCCCAAAAGCAUGAUGCGCUCCGGCUCUUUCCGUGAGCAGGCGGACGAUGUGCACGGCUCUGUGCUCUCUUUAGCUUCCAAUGCUUCAUCCAACUACUCCUCCUCGAAUGAGGACAGGAUACAAGGGGAGCAAAUCCGCAAACUGCGCCGCGAGCUGGAAUCCUCGCAGGAGAAGGUCGCCGACUUGACCAUGCAGCUGUCUGCCAACGCUAACCUGGUCGCAGCUUUUGAACAGAGCCUGGCACUGAUGACAUCUCGCCUGCAGACCUUGUCUGUUUCCUCUGAACAGAAGGAUUCUGAGUUGAAUGAUCUGAGGGACACCAUCGAGAUUCUGAAGACUAAGAACACCGAGGCCCAUGACAUCAUUCAGGAUGCUCUCAAUAAUUCCGAAAUCGUAUCUAAAGAACUUCAGAUAAAUCGUCAGAACUCAUCGGAAAGCCUCUCCAGCCUCGCCAGCACUAUCAGCCACUCGAGCAUGGGCAGUCUCAAGGAACAGGAGGCCAAGAAGAAGAAGAAGAAAAGCUGGUUACGCAGCUCAUUCAACAAGGCUUUCAGCAAGAAGGGGUCUAAGACAACAGAGCCCUAUGCCGACAUUGAGGAAAUCGCCACCCCAGAGUCGUCGGCACCACCGUCGCCCAAAGUCCACCGUGAUGGGGCUGACUCUCCGCCAUCGUCCAUGAAAGACUCAGCCUCUGCUUCAACAUCCGGGCUCUGUGAGGGAAGCGAGGUGGCGGAUGAUAAGGUUGUGUUGGACCUUCGCUCAGAAUUGUGGGAGAAGGAGCGGAAACUUACUGACAUCCGGCUGGAGGCUUUAACCUCAGCCCAUCAGCUGGAGCAGUUGCAGGAGACAAUGACCAACAUGCAGAGGACUGUGGAAAAUCUCAAGGUGGAGAACGACCAACUGAAGACAAGCAGCCUGUCCCCCUGUCCAUCUCCCGGACCCUCCAGCUCCAUUUCCCAGUCCUCGUGUCUCACAUCUCUCGCCAACUUGUCACCGCGACAUUCCCUCACAGUGCACGAGGCCAGAAGAACCAGCACAGAUUCCAUGGAUUGCGCAAGCCUAUCUUCGCAGCGAGACGACCACCGUGUCAGGGUGGUGGUUUGCGUUGCAGAUUUGCACGUCUUCAAAGAUGAGGUGAAACAGCAGGACUUCUUCCUGGGUACCGUCAGAGUCAACGGCAGGAUGGACUGGCCCAUGCUGGACUCUGCCGUCAGCCAGGCCUUUAAGGUUUACGUUGCCAAGGUGGACCCCACCUACAGUCUCGGCCUGUCGACCGACUCCAUCUACAGCUACAGCAUGGGUCACAUCAAGAGGGUGCUGGGCGGAGAGGCUCCAGAGACGCAGCCCUCACGUUGCAUGUCCCGAGGUCCCACCAGCAUCACUGUGGCGCUCAAAGGUUUAAAGGAAAAGUGUGUGGAUAGCCUCGUCUUCGAGACCCUAAUACCCAAACCCAUGAUGCAACACUACAUCAGCCUGCUGCUCAAACACCGCAGACUCAUCCUAUCUGGACCAAGCGGAACAGGCAAGACCUACCUGGCCUCGCGGCUGGCCGAGUACCUGGUGGACCGCAGCGCCCGUGAAGUCUCCGACGGCAUUGUGGUGACCUUCAACAUGCAUCGUCAGUCAUGCAAGGAUCUGCAGCUGUAUCUUUCAAACUUGGCCAAUCAAAUAGACCGAGAAACCAGCUCUUCCGAAAACCCUCUGGUCAUUAUCGUGGACGAUAUUCACGAUCCGGCUUCCGUCAGCGAACUAGUCAACGGAGCGCUGACGUGCAAAUACCACAAAUGCCCGUACAUCAUCGGAACGAGCAAUCAGCCAGUGAAGAUGACGGCAAACCACAGCCUGCAUCUCAGCUUCAGGAUGGUGAUCUUCUCCAACAAUGUGGAGCCAGCCAAUGGCUUCCUGGUGCGCUAUUUGCACAGGAAGCUGAUGGAGUCCGAGGACGAGCAGAACCUGACCAAUGAGGAUCUGGUCCGGGUGCUGGACUGGGUUCCGAAACUGUGGUAUCACCUGCAUACCUUCCUGGAGAAGCACAGCACGUCGGACUUUCUCAUUGGCCCGUGCUUUUUCCUGUCCUGUCCAGUCACUGUAGAUGAGUUCCGGUCAUGGUUCAUUGACCUUUGGAACCAUUCUAUUAUUCCCUACUUGCAAGAGGGAGCCAAGGAUGGCAUCAAGUUCCACGGCCAGAAAGCGGUGUGGGAGGACCCCGUGGAGUGGGUGAGGGACACGCUGCCUUGGCCUUCUGCCCAACAGGACCAGGCCAAGCUGUUCCACCUUCCUCCCCCGAGCAUCGGUUCCAGUAGUCCCGGUCAAGCCGGCGAGGAGAAGUCUCGCAAGGAGACUACACCCAGCUCAGUGGAAUCUGAUCCGCUGAUGGCAAUGCUUUUGAAACUCCAAGAGGCUGCCAAUUACAUCGAAUCCCCAGACAAGGAUGACCCCAGCCUGCCAAGACUGUGAACAAGCUGACACUUUAAAAAAAACUCAGCACUUCAUAUGAAAAAAAAGUCAUUGUUACUCGUCUGCUGUAAGGACAAUGUACUGUGCAUUAGGGAACCCUCAGAAAAAAAGAAAAAGGUUGUAGGUUGAUUUUGAAGCAUCAUUCCUACAAUGAAAAGUUGAAAGUGAAAAUCAUGCAGAAUUUUUAAGAAAGUAUAGGUGAACUUAAACAAAACACAUAUAUAAAGGAGGUCCUCGCUUUACGACGGCAUUCCGGCCUACGACAGCGACGUAACCCAGAUGUCGACAUAAAUCCAAAUGAAUUGGAGUCUACCACUAACCUUGUUCAAUUGGAAUUGGAAUUUAAAGACCUUUUAAAAUGAAUUGAGAGAUUUGUUUCUAAAUACUAUACCUUGGACGAUAAUUGCUGAAAACGUGCAAGAUUAUGAUGUACUCAAUUAUGGAAAUAUAGCAUCAAAUUGCUUUUACCAUUUCAGUUUUCCUGAUUUUUGGGGCGUGGCUAAAACAGCCCCGGUGACACACUUAGUCGCCAGUUCCAACUCCCCCACAAUAUAAUAACUUAAGCGCCUUCGUUCACAUGACUCGUUAUGCGGCGCAAUUGUGAGUUACCUAGCUAUUAUUGCUAAGCUAGCUGGUGGCUAGUGCCUCCCAUUGCGACGUGGAAAACAACCCGGAAGGAUGUAUAGCAGCCACUGCAUGGUUUAAAUGGACAUACGCUUGCGGCUCAAACAUAUAUGUAGGCAUAAGAAAGGUGCUAGACCAUUUUUCAGCUGGGCCUGGUUCCACACAUUUAGCGGAAACAAAGAGAACGGCUUGAACGGCUCUCAAUUUUAUCACUACAUACUUUUUUACGUUUUUGUUUUAAUCUUUCAAAUUUGGCAGGGUUGUUAAAAACACUCUUCUGUGGUGUGUCAAAUUUGGAAAAGCGUUUGUUUUCACUUUAAGUUCACCUGUAAAGGUUACAGUGCUUUUUAGAGUCAUCCUGAAAUUCCCUAAAGCUCAAUAUCUGUAAAUGCGGCGGUAACUGAACUCUUGCGCCAGGAGCAGCAUUUUUAUUUUUUUUGCCGCUGUGCCGUUUGUAACCUUUUGUACAAUAUGUCGGGACCGCCGUAAACCGAGGACCCCCUGUAUUUACACGAUUCCUUUCAGGUCCCUUGACCACCUCUCUCCCUCAGUCCUCUUCUUAGAUUGGUGCUAAAAGUUAAAAAAAAAAAAAAAACACUUCAGGAGAUGUCCGAACCAUCACACCCUGCGCAGCAUAACGCAGGGAUCUGUGUGCUCGUCCACUGAAGCUGUUCUCAAAAGUAAAAAAAAAAAAAAAAAAAAAAAAAAAAAAAAAAAAGUAUGACAGCACAAUGGAAGUUGCUGAAGUUCAUAUCUGCUGCAUCCGUCUCUUAAAGCCAAAUGUUACACGUUAUGCAAUCCCCUGACUUUCCAACUUGAUCAGGUGAAAAAAAACUACAAAGAUGCCUUAAAGAAGAAAAAAACAAUUACUGGUGCUUAUGUCAGCAUAGCUCCUUAUUAGCAGGUUUUGAUGGCCUUUCAUUUUCUGCCGCUACUUCUCACUUUGAACUUGCACCUCCAUAUUCACAAACUGGAAAAUGUUGCUGUCAUACUUUUUUUCCCCCACCCCUCUCUCUGCAACUGUUCUAGCACUUUUUUUAUUUUAGCUGCUUUAACCUUGAAACACACACAAAUAUCACCGCUGCUGCCAUGUACAGUAUAGCAGGUAUUACGUUCACAAUUACUCCACCAGCAGGAGGAGAAUGAUGAUACAGUUUGACUCCACUUCCUUAAAAACUCGACGCGAGGAAUAUUAGCGCCACACAGAAUACGGGUGCAUCUUACUAAAAGAGAAUAUCGACGGAAAACUAAUUUCAGUGGAUCAAUUCAAAAAUAAAAAUUCAGAUUGCAAACAGAUUCACAACACACGAUGUGAAAUAUUUUAUUUUUUAAUCAUUUUGAUGAUUAUAGUUUACAGUUAAGGAAAAUCACAAAUUUACCAUCUCAAGAAUUACAUAAGAAACAAUCAACUUGAUUUUUAUUGGAGAAUUUAGGUAGGUAGGUUUUGCCAGGUGUUAUCCAUAUAACUAUACAACAACAACAAAAUCCAAGCUGUGUCGCAAACAUUACUGGUAUUUUAUCCCAGUCUAUGCUGUUCAGGCAAACAUUGGUAGAAGGACUUUUAAAACCUAUUACUGCUCAACAUUCCAAAAGACUGUUCAACAAUCCAUUUGUUUGGAUUGCUCAUUAAGUCUCCCGACAACAACUGAUAAAAAUAGAACAAAUCUGUUCUAGCAAUCCUACUUUUGUCGUUAUAAAACUUUUGAAAACACGAGACCUGUUGUUUUAACUUGCAAUUCACCAUAAACAAGGCAAUGGUUUUGUUUCGAAACAAGUAUCUAAAAGUUAAAUACAGCUGAAUUGUACUUAACAAAAGUUCUAUACUGGAUUAAUUUUAUUUUUUUAAGCCACUAUAACAUUAUGCACAUUCUGAACAUUGAAUUCAGUGUUUGUUUGUGUACCACGAGUGACCACUGACCUACAGCUAUGAUUUUUGUCCUUUCUGUGCGGCGCUAAUAUGCCUUCAUAAGCGGUCGCGUUUCUUACAAACCGAAUAAUCACUCGCGUAUGUGAAACCCGAAAACAUUAUUCCGAAUCAUGUCCGCAGGUGCGAAUGAUUGUAAGACAAAGGUCAUAACGGAUGCAAAGACGAGUAUAAAACAUGUAGCAAAGUUACUUAGCUAAUAAUGAGAGCGAAAGCCAAGGUGAUUGACUUUAAAGCUACCGACGCCCACUUCAUUGUCCAUUCACGUCAUAAACUUCACCAGGAAAAGCUUAAAAUCAAAUGUUGCAUAGUAUCGACAUUUUCGUAGGUUUGGUGCUUUUACCGUUGUUCGCUGUCGAAGAUCACGCAACGAUUCAGGGUAGGUUGGUCAGAUUGUUGACGUUAAAUAGAUUUUGAGAGUAACUUUAUAUAUAUAUAUAUAUAUAUAUAUAUAUAUAAACAAGUGGCGUCACGUGAGACAUUGUACCAUGUAUAUGACCAUAUCCGUGUUACGGUAUUGGUGGAUUGCUCCAGAGUCAGAAUGAUUUAACACUUUGGAAGGUGCUUCAUGUAUUUAUUUUGUGUGUGUGUGUAAAAUAUACAUAGAUUGUCCCUAAAAUAGUAAAUGACUGUAUUACAUCAAGCGGGGUACACACAUAGCGAUUUUUAACAGCGCAAAUGAUUUUUUUAAAAAAUGUGACAGAUGCCAUACUUGACCAGGAUGCACUCAAGUUGACCAACACAGCACACCACACACAUCGACAAUCGUGUACGUCAAGCCCCAAACCAGAUGUCUGUCAUAGUACCAAGACCGACCUGUGUGAGGCAGCAUUGUGCCACAGACCAUCCAGACUGCUGAUAAAUACAGCAAAGUAGAAAGAGUAGUAAUAGAAGAAGAAAUAGAAAAAGGUUUUUCUUUUGUAAAUUUUGACCAGGUUUUGACAUUUGUUGUUAGCCUAAUAGCAUAAUUGCUGAAUCCAUUUUAAUCUCGCUGUUACCAAAUCAAUGAAAAAUAUUUAGGACUUGCUAAAGAAAUAUAUUGUUUUUUUCUCGUUUUCUUUUUUUUAAACGUUUAAAUAGGAUUUUAGGCAAUUACGCUACUAGGCUAGCGAUUUAUAUUUGCCAGCCCUGACCAAUUUUGAAGCUGAUCGGGAAAAGGAAAUAUAUAUAUAUCAUUGACAUAAUUGAUUAAUCAAAGUCAACUCACCUUAGCGUCGACUACAAAAAAAUAUGAAGUCGUUCAAUCCCGAUUUGGCACACCCCACACCAUAGGAUAAUCACCUAGGAUAAUCUUUAAAAGACAUGCGAUAAGUGGGCCUAUGCUGACUUUGAUUGGAAAAAUGCUGAAAUUUGACCCGAUUAUCGAUAUGCGUGUACUCUGCUUUAAGGAUGUGGUGUUGAAUGAACUUCAUAUGUGCUUAAAUCCUGUUAAUGAAUGUCCAGCCACUUUAACGUGACACGAUAAAUUAUACGUAAAGUUAAAACGGUCGCUUGGUUGCGACUAGCCGACUCUGAUUGGUCAACAUAGCUUUCCAAGUGAAUACAAAGAUGAGUUUCACACACACAAAAAAAAAAAAAAAAAAAAAAAAAAAGGGGUUAGAUCAAAUUCUUUGUAAAUAUGUAAGCCCUGUACUCUAUUUUCUGGAACGUUUCAUCUCAUGGACUGGUUGUUGUGCUUGUCACUCUGUAGUAGCCGUGACUUAAGUUUUGUAUUGGGACUAUACAGCAACUUCUACUUGGGUUUUUGACAAUGUCGAAUGUUCCAGUUCUUAGAUCGUGAGCCGAAGGCAUAACCCGGUAAGCCUUAAAACGGUGUUUUCGGGAAGGGCGUUAUGUUGGAAACAGGGUAAAAAGACCUAGUCUGAAAUAAUGGUCAAGAUCUCCACUUCAAAUUGAACCUUCAAUUCCAAAACGGUUGGAAAAAGCAAUUCGAAAGGGUGUCGUUCAGAAAACUAAAUGGAGGCCAUUACAGGUUGCUGGAUAGUCAUAUUUUUUGGAGAAAGUCGGAGAAAAAAAAAAAAGAAGAUGUUAUGAGCUAUCUUGAAAUGUUCAAGGUUUUUCUUUCUAAAUGCAUGUAAACUCGCUGUGUGACAAAUAGGAAGAUAAUUUGUUUUCUUUUUACGACUCCGAUAUUUGAUAAUUCCUCUUCUUUUCUAAGAAUCCUUUAUAAAGGUUAAGUUCUCUAUUUUGUACGAAAUGUCGUUGUAAAGAUUGUAAAUACGGCAGCGUUCUGGAUGCUCGGCAAAGAAGAGUUCCGAGUCGAGUUCCGAUAAAACCUCGGAUAGGUUUAACGAAAAGCGCUAGGCAGCCUCCACACAGUAAAUCCACCCACCGUACAACCAACCACUGUUUGUUCAAAUCAAUAAAGUACAUGUUAUAUUUCAUCACCUGCUUCUUCUCA